AUGUCAGAUGGGGAGCAGUGUCUCUAUCCUGAGUAUUUAGAUGAGGAGAUGUCAGAUGGGGAGCAGUGUCUCUAUCCUGAGUAUUUAGAUGAGGAGAUGUCAGAUGGGGAGCAGUGUCUCUAUCCUGAGUAUUUAGAUGAGGAGAUGUCAGAUGGGGAGCAGUGUCUCUAUCCUGAGUAUUUAGAUGAGGAGAUGUCAGAUGGGGAGCAGUGUCUCUAUCCUGAGUAUUUAGAUGAGGAGAUGUCAGAUGGGGAGCAGUGUCUCUAUCCUGAGUAUUUAGAUGAGGAGAUGUCAGAUGGGGAGCAGUGUCUCUAUCCUGAGUAUUUAGAUGAGGAGAUGUCAGAUGGGGAGCAGUGUCUCUAUCCUGAGUAUUUAGAUGAGGAGAUGUCAGAUGGGGAGCAGUGUCUCUAUCCUGAGUAUUUAGAUGAGGAGAUGUCAGAUGGGGAGCAGUGUCUCUAUCCUGAGUAUUUAGAUGAGGAGAUGUCAGAUGGGGAGCAGUGUCUCUAUCCUGAGUAUUUAGAUGAGGAGAUGUCAGAUGGGGAGCAGUGUCUCUAUCCUGAGUAUUUAGAUGAGGAGAUGUCAGAUGGGGAGCAGUGUCUCUAUCCUGAGUAUUUAGAUGAGGAGAUGUCAGAUGGGGAGCAGUGUCUCUAUCCUGAGUGUUUAGAUGAGGAGAUGUCAGAUGGGGAGCAGUGUCUCUAUCCUGAGUAUUUAGAUGAGGAGAUGUCAGAUGGGGAGCAGUGUCUCUAUCCUGAGUAUUUAGAUGAGGAGAUGUCAGAUGGGGAGCAGUGUCUCUAUCCUGAGUAUUUAGAUGAGGAGAUGUCAGAUGGGGAGCAGUGUCUCUAUCCUGAGUAUUUAGAUGAGGAGAUGUCAGAUGGGGAGCAGUGUCUCUAUCCUGAGUAUUUAGAUGAGGAGAUGUCAGAUGGGGAGCAGUGUCUCUAUCCUGAGUAUUUAGAUGAGGAGAUGUCAGAUGGGGAGCAGUGUCUCUAUCCUGAGUAUUUAGAUGAGGAGAUGUCAGAUGGGGAGCAGUGUCUCUAUCCUGAGUAUUUAGAUGAGGAGAUGUCAGAUGGGGAGCAGUGUCUCUAUCCUGAGUAUUUAGAUGAGGAGAUGUCAGAUGGGGAGCAGUGUCUCUAUCCUGAGUAUUUAGAUGAGGAGAUGUCAGAUGGGGAGCAGUGUCUCUAUCCUCAGAAGAGAAAGGGAGGCAGUUCUCAGAGCACUGAGAAACCGUUUAAAGUCACACGCAGUUUGAGUAAAGGUGUUAAGUCAUGUUCAGCUGCAGACAUAAGAACGUUUUUGAGAGACACUAAAGGAAUGAGGAGUGUAAAGGUAGAAAACUAUUUUCCUAACCUGAAGCUUUUCUCUGAGACGGCCCGGCCCCUGGUGUGGAGCUCCAGCUCUCAGGUUGAGGACGCUCUCACAGACCAGGAGAGAUUCAGGCUCAAGAAACUUCUGAGCAAAGUCAGGGCCCAAGUGGCCAGAGACACACAGUACUGCAGAGAUAGAGUCAGACUGGAGGAGGGAGUGGGGGGCCAGUUGGUUCUCAGUCAUGGCUCCGCCUCCAGUGCAGGAGUAGCAGUGUUGUUCUCCAGGAGGUGUCUUGCAGUGAGUGUAGAGACUGAGGAGGUGGUAGCGGGCCGCCUGCUCCUGGUACGUGCACAGUUGGAGACCACUACAGUAACAUUUGUGUGUGUGUACCUGCCGUGCACCGGAGCACAGAGGGUCCUGAUGAUGGACACUCUGUGUGAAUGCAUCAGGGACUGCACAGACUCUGGGGACGUCCUGUUCGUGGCCGGGGACUGGAACUGUACUGUGGAACCACAACAUGACAGGAACCACCCUGAGCCCCACCCGGCCUCCUCCCUCAGGCUGAGGCGGCUGUUGGAGGUCCACAGUCUGGAGGACGUGUGGAGGACUCUGCACCCAGGGGUCCGUGAGUACACGUGGUCCCACUGUAAGGACAAUGCUCUGUCUCUGGCCCGUUUGGACCGAGUGUAUGUUCCGGGACACCAGCUGAGCAUGUGCACUGCGGCUCACAUCAGUCCUGUGGGUAUCUCUGACCACAGUUUUAUUGUUUGUGUAAUUCGGGUGUCUAAUGUGCGGGUGGGCAGUGCUUACUGGCACUUUAAUAAUUCACUGCUUUUGGAUAAAAUGUUUGUUUGUGCUUUUAAAGUGUUUUGGGAGUCCCACCAGCGAUGUAAGGCCCACUUUGUGAGCCUGCAGCGAUGGUGGGACUAUGGGAAAGUGCAGAUAAGGCAGCUGUGUCAGGAGUACACUCAUGGUGUCACCAGAGACAGGGCCCGGCUUGUGAAGGAGCUGGAGACUACAGUGGUAGAACUGCAGCGUUUAGCAGUUUCUACUGGAGAACGGGGGUGUUUACAGUCCCUCAAAGCACAAAAGUCGGCCGCCUCAUCACAGUAG